AUGGACCAGACCAGCCGACGGCCGAUGAGUGCGUGCCAGAAAAUACUGGUUCACCAUGCACUCGGCCUUGAGACUCCGUACGUGGAACCGGGGACAGUCAUUCGGGUUGCGCCAGAUUGGUUUCUGGCAUCUGAAGUUGCUUGGUUUGGCAUGAACAAGAACUAUGAGCGGAUGGGACGACCUGGCAUUCGCCGUAAAGACAGGUUCUGGCUAGCGGGAGACCAUGUCGUGGAUCCACGAGUCAAUCACAGAGCUUACGAGAAGUCUCUCAUUGAGGCCUGUGAUCGGAUUGCGGAAGAAAUGGACCUUGGGGACAACUAUGCCGGACAUAACACCACGAUCAUGCAUACCGAAUACUAUCGUUCCCGAUGUCAACCGGGUAUGCUUGUCGUCGGUGCCGACUCCCACACCUCUUCUGCUGGCGCGCUUGGGAGUCUCGCAAUUGGCGUAGGGGCUACCGAUAUGAUCUUGCAGCUCGUCACUGGUGAGACAUAUCUCGAGGUUCCAGAGAUUGUCCGCAUCAACUUCAUCAACAGGCCACCUCUUGGGACCAGCGGUAAAGACGUUAUCCUGGGAGUAAUGCGUAAGCUCCGAAGGAACACUGUCGCAGCAGGUCGACUCGUCGAAUACACAGGUGAAGGACUUCAGUAUCUAUCGUGCGAUGCAAGAUUUGCCAUCGCAAACAUGACGACCGAAUUUGGCGGCAUUGGUGCUUGUGUUGUCCCAGACGGGGUAACUAUGCAAUAUAUCCAACGUCGGAAGGAUCCGCGACAUAAAUCAGACAGUUUGUAUUUCCGGCCAGACGAUGACGCGCAGUAUGCUGAAACAUUCGAUGUGGAUCUAUCAGAAUUGGAACACUUUAUUGCGCUUUACCCAUCUCCAGACAACGUCGUCCCUGUCUCAGAAGCAAAGGACCAGCUUCAAAACCUGCAAGGUGUCUUCAUUGGAGCAUGCACCACCACUGAAGAAGAGUUGAUCCUGGCAGCAUUAGUGUUAAAGGAGGCGAUGUCUCAAGGCUUAAAACCCGAGGCGCCGGGCCUGCGCCGAGUGACUCCUGGAUCCAACUCUAUUAUCAACAGGCUGAAAGAAUUAAACCAUCUCGAAGUUUAUGAACAGGCCGGAUUUGAGAUUGGCGCGCCUGGAUGUAGCUAUUGCGUGGGUAUGGGAGUCGACAAAGCUGGCAAAGGAGAGGUUUGGCUGUCCUCCCAGAACAGAAACUACCGUGAUCGAAUGGGCCCCGGGUCAAUCGCCAAUAUUACUUCUGCAGCAACGGUAGCCGUCUCCAGCUUUUCGAUGUCGCUGCAAAGCCCCACAGAUAUCCUUGGGAAGAUCAAUAUGGCCGAGUUCGAUGCCAUGAGGAGAUACGGCCCACAGGAAGCACGAAAAUCGCCAGAAUAUGUCGAACCGGAGCUUCUCGCUUCCAUCCCAGCGAAGGAGGAUGCAGACCUCCCAUCGAGAGAAGAGAAGCCGCCGCCAUCGCUUCCCGAAUCGAUUCGAGGACGAGUACAGCGGUUUGGAGACAACGUUGACACCGACAGUAUCAUUCCGACAGACAAAUGCCAUUCGCACCUCACGCAAGAAGAGGUGGCUCGUGGUGCUUUUUGCUACACUCGACCAGAAUUCUAUGAUCGUGCACAGGCCGGUGCCUCGAUCGUCGUUGCCGAGAAGAGCUUCGGUUGUGGGUCUUCUCGAGAACAGGCUCCGAAGGCCUUGAUGUGGUCAGGCAUCAAAGCAGUGAUUGCAAAGUCGUACGCCUUCAUCUACCAGCGGAAUCAAGUCAACAACGGCUUGAUGGGAAUCAAGCUCCAGGACGAUGAGUUCUAUCUGCUCGCUCAAGAAGGGGAGGAGGUAGAGAUUGAUGUUAAAAACCGACAAAUCCAUUGUAAAGGCCGGAUCUGGAACUUCAGACUCGAUCGUAUUCAGGAACAACUGCUCGCCGAAGGUGGACUUAUCAGUACAUAUGAGAGAUAUGGACCCAGCUUGUUCUCCAAGCUGCAGAGUCUGGAUCAGAAGAGUGGCAAGUCUUCGCGAAAUGCUCCCGAGGCUGGGCUUGUUGAGGAAUCAUCUAAAUCUAGGUCACUUGAAUGGUGA